GGGGGGAUUCUCCUCCGCGGCAGCUCCUCUCCCGUAGGUUUCCUCUCUCUCACUUCACCCUUCAACAUGCGUCCGGCGAUGCCGAAUUGAAUAAUGCAUCUGAUGGUCCGUGCUCCGGCGGCAGAGCGCGCGCGGCAUGGAGCCGAGCCCAAUCAGCGCCUCGCUGGGCGCCAUGGGCUCCCUCGCACGGAAGCUCGACGACCUCCUGGCGACCCGUCACCGGGCCCUGCGCGGGUCCGUCACGGACGAGAUCGAGCAGCUCGCGACCGAUCUCCGCACCCUGCGCGGCCUCCUCGCGAAGCUCUCGAACGCGCAGGGCCCUCCCGUCGCCGCGAGGCACUGGAUGAAGGACGUGCGCGAGCUGUCCUACGACACGGCUGACUGCGCCGACCAGUUCGUCCGCGCCGUUGGCCGUGCCAAGAUUCACAGAGCUGCUCGCCGGAAGAUCAUCCCCCGGUUGAAGAUCGCCCGCCUUCCGGAGAGGUGGAAAUGGCGCCUGUGGAUCGCCGGCAGGGUCUCGGAAUUCAGGAGUCGGGCGCGGGAGGCGACCCGGCGGUACUGGAGGUAUAAGCUUGAUGAUUUCGCCUCCAAUCCUGGAUACCCAGGUGUUGGCUGGGAGCUUCCGGCUGUUUUGCCGGAUCCGGGUGAUCUAGUUGGCAUACAAGGCCCAAUGGAUGAGCUUCACCGGCGGUUGAUUGAUGGAAAAGAGCAGCUCAAGGUAGUGCCGAUUGUCGGUGUGGGGGGAAUCGGCAAGACCACUCUUGCACAAAAAUUAUGGAGUAAGCUCCGCGGACAGUUCGAGUGCCGGGCAUUUGUGCGGACAGCCCAGAAGCCUGAUAUGAGGGGGAUCAUCAGGAGCAUACUCUCGCAAGCCCGUCCGCACCAGCCGCCGGACCGUGGGGAGAUGCACCACCUGAUCCGCGAUCUCAGGGAAUAUCUACGUGACAAGAGGUACUUUAUUAUAAUUGAUGACUUAUGGGCUAUAUCACUAUGGGAUGUUCUAAGUCGUGCUUUUCCAGAGGGUAACUGUGGCAGCAGAAUAGUAACUAUAACAGAAACUAUGGAAGUAGCUUUGGCAUGCUGUGGUUUUUGCCCUGAGCAUAUUUUCAAGAUGGAAUCUCUUGGUGAGGAUGACUCAGAGAAAUUAUUACUCCAAAGAAUCCUUGUCUCUGGAAAUCAACAGUUCGGUAAUGUUUUGCCUCAGAUUAAGAGAAGUUGUGGGGGCUUGCCACUAGCAAUCAUCGUUGCAGCCAGUCUUUUAACAAUCCAACCUGAUAAAUUGGAACAAUUGGGAUGUAUGCAGAAUUCUGUUGGUGCAAAUCAUACCAUGGAGGGUUUUAUAAGACAAAUAUUGAACAUUAGCUUUGAUAGUCUUCCACAUUAUUUGAAGACAUGCCUGCUUUAUCUUAGUACCUAUCCAGAGGGCUGCCUAUUCUUGAAAGGUGAUUUGGUGAAGCAAUGGGUAGCCGAGGGUUUUAUAUGUGCAAAAGAAGGAGAGGACAUGGAGGAAGUUGCCGGGAGCUAUUUUGGUAAACUUGUCAGUGCAGGCCUGAUCCAAGCUAUGGGUAUCAACUAUAAUUACGAGGUUUUGUCUUAUUCAGUUCAUCACAUGGUACUUGAUCUCAUUACAUACAAGUCCAUUGAAGAAAAUUUCAUCACUGUACUAGAUUAUUCUCAAACGGCAAUACCCGUUACUGAUAAAGUUCGUCGAUUAUCACUCCACUUCGGCAGUGCAACAUAUGCAACUACGCCAGCAAGUAUCGGAUUAUCAGAAGUUCGAUCACUCUUCUUUUCUGGCUUGUUUAACUGUGUGCCUUCAUUCAUGGUGUUUAAGCUUCUUCGAGUUCUAGUUCUUCAUUUUUGGGGUGAUACUGGAAACACGAGUUUCAGCCUUGAAGGAAUAUGUGAACUGUUUUGGCUGAGAUAUUUGCAGGUCACAUGUAAUGUCACUGUAAAGCUUCCAGAUCAGAUUGAACCGAUGAAACACUUGGAAACACUGGAAAUAAAUGCAGAAGUAUGUGUUGUUCCGCCGGACAUUGUUCGGCUUUCGAACUUAUUGCAUCUCCGUCUUGGAAGUGGGACAAAUCUACCAGACGGGGUUGGGUACAUGACAUCUCUACGUACACUCAUGUAUUUUGACCUUGGCAGUAGUUCUGAAGACAAUCUAUGGGGCCUUGCCGAGCUGAAAAACCUGCGGGAUCUUCAUCUCACCUAUUCUUUGUCACUAUCUAGUGAACAUUUGAAGAAAAAACUGAUAGCUCUGGGCACUUCACUUGGGAAACUGGGUGACCUCAAAUCUUUCACGCUGGCUUCUGCUGCUGCUGGCACGGCCAUUCUUUUUGAUGGCUCAAGCAGCAUGUACUCUACUCCUGUCUUUCUUGAGAGACUUGAGUUGUUACCACCGAUUUGCGUCUUUUCCAGAUUUCCCAAGUGGAUUGGACAACUCCACAAACUUAGUGUUUUGAAAAUUGCUGUUAGAGAACUGCUGAUGAAUGAUAUUGAUAGCCUCACAGGAUUACAUUCCCUUACAGUUCUCGCGUUGUGUGUACAGACAGCUCCUGAGCGAAGCAUUGUCUUCAAUGAUGGGGCUUUCCCAGUUCUGAGGUAUUUCAAGUUCAGGUGCAUUGUACUUUGUAUGUCAUUCAUGUCAGGAGCCAUGCGCAAUCUUCGGAGGCUCAAGCUACAUUUCAACACGCAUAUGGGGGAGAAGUACGGCAAUAUGCUUGCUGGAGUGGAGCACCUUUUAAAUCUCCGGGAUAUUGCUGCACAUAUUGGGGUCACUGCCGAAUUUGAUAGGAAGGUUAUUGAGUUGGCAUUCAAGGAUGCCAUUAGGAAUCAUCCAAGGUGUCCUAAUUUUUAUGUAAAAUGGGUGGAUCCGGUUGAUGAAGAAUAUCAUCCUUCAGAGAAACAGCAUCAGAGGCAAGAAAGAGUGCUAUCGGGUGAAAAACAUGGGGUUCUAGAGAAAGCUGAAGCUACAAACAAAUAUGCUGAUGACCGGUCAUCUCAAAAUUCAGACCCGCCACCUAGUGUCGCUUCAUGUAGCCUGAAGUCAGAAUCAAAAGCGUCACUGGAAACCAAAGUUGCAGAAUCAAAAGCGUCACUGGGAACCAAAGUUGCAGAAUCAAAAGCGUCACAGGCAAUCGAAGUUGCAGAUUCAGAAGCGCCACAGGCAACCGAAGUUGCAGAGUCAGAAGUGUCACGGGCAAUCAAAGUUGCGGAAUCAGAAGCGUCACAAGCAAUCGAAAUUGAAGAAUCAAAAGCGUCACCGGCAAACGAAAUUGAAGAAUCAAAAGCGUCGCCGACAUACCUGUAUAAGCAACGACGCAUUACUAGAUUUGGGGAUUGGGAUAACAGUGAGGACUUCCCUUACGUACCCAGGGCUCCACUACGUGGAAGAAGACCUCGAAAUGCCCACCUUUGCCGUGAACCUGCGCCACGACUAUACACAAAUCCUGGGCGUGAGAGCAUACCAAGAGGCCCUUCCAUAAAUGCUGCAGGAUCUGCUUCACCAGUACAGCCAGACAGUCCAUCAAAACUGAAGCACAGGGCAGCUGGAAUGCACACUCCAGAAAGGAGGGCUUUGUCAGAAGUUCAUGGAAGUAGCAGAAUGAAUCAGAGUAACCAACGCCACAACGAAGUGGCUGUUCCAAGAUUUGGUGACUGGGAUGAGUCUAACGCAUCAUCAAGCGAAUCGUUUACGCAUAUCUUCAGCAGGGUGAGGGAUGAUAAAUCAUCUGAUAAUCACAGGAAGGAAAAAAAGGUGCAACAGACAUGUCCUUGCUGUAUACUUUAAUAAAAGGGGGAUACAAUCACAGAGAUUAUGGAUAAACUUCCUGCAUGUCCUUGUCAUGGACGCCUCCAGUGGUCGCGGAAAGGUUCCUACAUGUAUCUUGCGUCCUACCUAUGGUUUGAGCUCCCCUUCCCGGCCUUCUUCUCCAUCAGCAGUUCCAUGGCCUCCCACCUCCUUGUGGGCUCCACUGGUCAAGCCUUCCCUAGUUGCGUGGAAGGGACCGGAGUGGCGAUGUCCUCCUCCCAACUCGUGCAUAGCUUCCAUUUUCUUUCGCAAAGACACACAUCCAUCUCUUCAUUAAUGAACAAUACUUUGUGAAUGGGUUUGCGAUGAAGAGGGCAACAAACCCUAUGUGCGGCUGUUCUUGGGUGCUUCUUCCCCCCAAACGCUAUUUGGCGCCUUCACCAAGUGGCACACACCCCUCCCAUGCAAAUGGGCUGUCCCAUCUUAUAUCCGCUAGUAUAUUGCUGUAAUGGCUCCGAAGCUUAACUUAUUGGCACACUAAGUUUUGUGAAGCUUCUAGAAGCUUUCAAUCCAAUUUUCUUUUUUCUCCUUUGCUUUUUCUUUUUUCGAAAUAAGUGAAAAAAUCACAAAGUUUUGGAUUAUUGAUUUUAUGAACCUUUUCUCAAUAUUGUGAACCUUUUUCAUUUUUUUAUUUUCAUGAACAAUUUUCGAAUUUAUGGAAUUAUGUUCAAAUCCCCGAACAUUUUUGUAUCA